GUUUGCGGAUGUUUCUGCGUGUGCACGCGCGUCGCUCAGCUGACAGAUUCACAGCAAGUUGAUUUUCAGCCCCUCAGGAAACUCCAAAAGACAGCGCAAUAACAGACAAUACGCGCUCACGCCAGACAGCCACUCCUGGAGCAGUCGCAUUGGGCAGACUGUCCCGGGCUAUCAUGGAUGACAGCUCCUCCCUGGGCAGAGUAAGCGGAUCCACUGAAUCAGUGGCAACCGUCACCAGUGAGGAGUUUGUGCUGGUCCAGCCCACCGCCGGGGGCUCCCCCUCCAGCUCGGAGGGGAGGCCUAAACUCAAGAUGUCGUGGAAUGGUAGUGAGCAGUUGGAGCGGGCGAUGGAGGAGGUGCUGGAUGAUGUUGGUGAUGGACCAGGACCUCCAGAAGAAGCAGGAGGUCAGGCACCCAGCUCUCAGAUCAGACCACCCAGUCUGACCCUGGACACAUCCCCGCAUGAAGCGUCAGUGGAAGCACAAGAAGAGGACAGCGUGCAAUUUAGUAAACUUUCAUAUCUGGGCUGCACCUGGGUGAAGGCACCUCGCAAUGAGAGCGAGGCCCAGGAAGCCAUGGCCACCCUGCGGACAGAGAGCGCCAUUCCCAUCCCCAUCACCCUACAUGUGCCCAGCGGUCCAGACGGCUGUGUCCGUGUUGUCGACCAGGCCACGGGAACAGAGAUCGCAUCUUUUCCCAUCUAUAAGGUGUUGUUCUGUGCACGGGGACGAGAGGGCUCUGUCGAGAGCGAUUGCUUUUCCUUCACUGAGAGCUACCGCAGCUCUGAAGACUUUCAAAUCCAUGUCUUCUCCUGCCAUAUCAAAGAGGCUGUUAGCCGCAUUCUCUACAGCUUCUCAACAGCCUUCAAGCGUUCAUCAAAAGCUGCCACAGACAUGCGAGACUCUGCAUUGCCGCUGUCCCUUGAUAGUGACAUUUUCACCUUCACUGUUUCGUUAGAAGUGAGAGAAGAUGAUGGAAAGGGAAACUUCAGUCCCGUCCCUAAAGACAGAGAUAAAUAUUACUUCAAGCUACGGCAAGGUGUGCCGAAAAAGGUGGUGGUCACCGUCCAGCAAAUGUCCAACAAGGAGCUUGUGAUAGAGAGGUGCUUUGGAAUGCUGCUCUGCCCUGGGCAGAAGGUUCGCAAUGGCGACAUGCACCUUCUUGACAUGGAGUCCAUGGGGAAAAACGCUGACGAGAAGGCAUAUGUUAUCACCGGGACUUGGAACCCAAACACUCCCGCUUUCCAGCCACUCAAUGAAGACACACCGAAAGACAAGCAGGUGUAUAUGACGGUAGCCGUGGACCUGGUGGUGACCGAGGUCGUUGAACCCGUUCGGUUCCUCAUGGAGGCACUAGUCAGGGUCUAUCCGGCAAAUGAGAGGUUCUGGUAUUUCAGCAGGAAGGCCUUCUCGGAGACGUUUUACCUCAAGCUCAAACAGGGCACGGGGAAGGGCAGCCAGGGAGAUGCCAUGUUUGAAGUUGUGAGCCUGCAGAAACACACGGAGUGUGCAGCCGGGACACGUGGCCGUCUGCAGUCACCCACUGAGGAAGAGGAACCAGAGGAAGAUAGCGACAGCGAGAUCUCUAGUGGGACGGGGGACGUGUCGAAGGACUGUCCUGAGAAAAUUCUGGAAUCCUGGGGAAGCAUCCUCAUCAGAUGGCAAGGAAACCUUUCGGCGCGGCCCAAGGGUCUGUCUGCUCUGGUGAAGCCUGGCAUACCGGAGGCCUUACGAGCUGAAGUCUGGCAGCUUCUGUCUGACUGCCACAACGAUCAGUCUCUGCUAGAGCAAUACCGCAUCCUCAUCACUAAAGACUCCGCCCAGGAAGCUGGCAUCACCCGAGACAUCCAUCGCACAUUCCCCGCUCACGACUACUUCAAAGACCCCGGCGGUGAUGGCCAAGACUCUCUCUAUAAGAUCUGCAAGGCCUACUCCGUGUAUGAUGAUGAGAUUGGAUAUUGCCAAGGCCAAUCAUUUCUAGCAGCUGUUUUACUUUUACACAUGCCCGAGGAACAAGCCUUCUGCGUGCUGGUGAAGAUCAUGUACCACUACGGCCUUCGGGAGCUCUACAGAAACAACUUUGAAGACCUACACUGCAAGUUUUACCAGCUUGAGCGCCUGCUGCAGGAACAGUUGCCGGACCUGUGGUCUCACUUCCAGGACCUGAACCUGGAGGCCCAUAUGUACGCGUCCCAGUGGUUCUUAACGCUCUUCACCGCCAAGUUCCCUCUCUGCAUGGUCUUCCACAUCACCGACCUGCUCCUGUGCGAGGGGUUGAACAUCAUCUUUAAUGUGGCGCUGGCUCUUCUAAAGACCUCCAAGGAAGACCUACUUCAGGCCGACUUUGAGGGUGCUCUGAAAUUUUUCCGGGUCCAGCUCCCGAAACGCUACAGGGCGGCGGAGAACGCCCGGCGCCUUAUGGAGCAAGCCUGCAAUAUCAAGGUGCCCACCAAAAAGCUGAAGAAGUUUGAGAAGGAGUAUCAGGCGCUCCGAGAGAGCCAGCUCCAGCAGGAAGACCCCAUCGACAGAUAUCAGAGAGAAAACCGACGACUGCAGGAGGCCAGUAUGCGUCUGGAACAGGAGAACGACGAUCUUGCCCAUGAACUGGUCACCAGUAAAAUAGCCCUAAGAAAUGAUCUGGAUCAGGCGGAGGACAAAGCUGAUAUUUUAAACAAAGAACUGCUCAACACGAAGCAACGUCUCGUAGAAACAGAGGAGGAGAAGAGGAGACAAGAAGAGGAGACCGCUCAGUUGAAGGAAGUGUUCAGAAGAGAACUGGAGAAAGCCGAGUUGGAGAUAAAGAAGACUACAGCCAUCAUAGCAGAGUAUAAACAGAUAUGUUCCCAGCUGAGCACCAGGUUGGAAAAGCAACAGGCAUCAACGAAAGAAGAACUAGAUAUAGUCAAGGCUAAAGUGAUGUCCUGCGAGCGCUGUAGAGAGGUGUUCAGCAAAGACGGACCCCUGCAGAUCCCAGCGGUGAGUCAGGACAACCGCGACUCGGAUCUGGACGAGGAGAAGGAUUCGCUCAAGGCACAGCUCCGGGAGCUCGAACUGGAGCUGGCACAAACCAAACUCCAGCUGGUGGAGGCCAAGUGCAAGAUCCAGGAGCUGGAACAUCAGAGGGGAGUUUUGAUGACCGAGGUUCAAGCUGCCAAAAACUCGUGGUUCAGUAAAACACUAGGCUCUCUUAAGACUUCAGCGAGUAACCAGUCACCUUCCUCACCCAAAGAGGGCCAGUAGGACUAGCCAAGAACUUAACUAAUGACGCAAAUGGAGCAUGGAGCUAACGCUUUGCCAAUCCCGGUAGAAAACAACCUGUUAUUAACACUACAAGCAACACGGCAAUGCAGUAUUCCCUCACGCAACAUGGAGAAAUGUGUGCUUGGACCAAUGAACUACUCGAACAAACAGGACCACAGCUCACACACACUUAAUAAUGAAGUUCUUUAGCUAGUUGCAGUUUUUCCUCACUGCCAAACAUUGCGGUGAGAUGUGAGUGUGGCAUUAAUACUGGUCAUCUUGCUGAAAAAUCAUGUAGUGACGCCACCUAGUGGAUAGUUACCAUAUGACAGAAAUUAUGUUCUUGAGGUUUUUAGUUCUGUGGGUGAAUAAAAGCAAAAAAAUCAAAUUAGCAUUGAGGUGCAAACGCUUUGUUUCCAGUUUUGGUUGUUUUCAAGAGGGAAUACUGCAUUCUGCUACACGUAAAUAUAAAACACUGUUUUGUUUUUCUAUAUAGAAAUACUAAACGUAAUUGUCAUAUAAAUGUGUAUAACUAAAUGUCGAUUUUUAUUUUAAUCUUGUACAGUUCUGAAAGAGAAGUGCGCCAUUAUUUUUUACGAUUUUUGAAUAUAAAUGUCAUCUUUUUAGUCAAAUACCUAAAAGCACAGAAUCGUUGAUUGACCACGUUAUCAGUCGGUUCUCACAUACCCAUCGCCAUAGCCUGUUCUCGGAUCUGAGAUAUUUCACUAAGCGGAGUAGAACUUCUGCAUGGCCCAUAUGCAUACUAACAAGUAGUCCAUAUUGUGAACAUGUUAUUUACACUAAUGUACAAAAAAAUGUACUCGUCUCUUAUUCUGUGAUUUUUGCAACCGUGAUUUAAAGAUGCCAAACUAAUAUUGAAAGAAAAAUGUCAGUUUAAUGUUAACUGAAUAUAUUGAUUGCUGUUCUGUGGGUCGUGCAGACUGCUACAGGUGUUUUUGUGUUACAAUCAAAGGGCCAGAAGACAUUCCUUCUGUAACCUGCACAUUUACAAGUUUAUACAGGUUUACCGUCGGUUCAUCAGUCCCGCUCAUGUCGUCUGUCUAGUAACUCUGACAGUAAAUUUCUGCUUCUCGCUACCCUAAUAUGUUUGACACCUUUUGUUGUUUCAAUAAAUAGUAACAGUAUUCUGGC